CAACCAGAUAAGUGCCGAUCGGUACUCUAAACCACUCAUUCAAACUCAUUGUAUAGUAAGGCACCCCGUGCACAUCAAAUCUCACUAAUUAUGUUUAUUACAACAGGUCUACAACCAGAUAAGUGCCGAUCGGUACUCUAAACCACUCAUUCAAACUCAUUGUAUAGUAAGGCACCCCGUGCACAUCAAAUCUCACUAAUUAUGUUUAUUACAACAGGUCUACAACCAGAUAAGUGCCGAUCGGUACCCUAAACCACUCAUUCAAACUCAUUGUAUAGUAAGGCACCCUGUGCACAUCAAAUCUCACUAAUUAUGUUUAUUACAACACAUCUACAACCAGAUAAGUGCCAAUCGAUACCCUAAACCACAAGGUGCGUGAUGUCAAGGGUGCUCUAACUUCAGAGUCUAUAAAAUCCGAAGCUCACUUGCAACUGGAACUUGGAAAGGUCGGCGCACUAGCCUACAUUCCUCGACGGGAAGUAAUUAGAUGACAAUGAGACAAUGCGUUGAAUUAGCCAUGUGCUGAUCUAGCGCAAGUAAGUCAAUCCUCCGAAUGACGCCAUAUUCCGAACUGUUCUCCAAGCACCCCAGGACAGCAUUAAUUAUCAACUUCCAAAUCUGCUACGCCGACACGGGCGCGCCUGAUCUUGCACAGUAGCGGCUGCUUCUCUCUCAUCUCAGAGAACUUCGGUUAUUCAUUAAAUGAAAGCACUUCAGUCGCGGAGCCGGCCCUUGAAGAGUGUGGUAUAAUGUGCCAGUGAACCAGUGGGGACCCCAGAGUUUCCAGGCGAAACUUCUUCCUUUACGACUAACUCUACUGUGUGAUAUCCCUUCAAAAGCGUAGUUUCUGAGCUUUGAAAUCGACGACGGCAGUUUUGGUUGUUUUAUCGUUGACCGUUGUAUGCUAUGCCGCCAGCUAUCUGGAACUGGACAGGCCGUCUUGACUUUCUGCAGCUCAUUCAACGUGAGGUUCCAAUUUCAAGGGGCCAGGGUGUCAAAAUCGUGAAUCUGCCAAUUCUAUUGUCACUUCUGAAUCAAGGAUGUCGACGAUGAAUUCUACGCCGAACGGUGCACCCCUGUGUCUAGUCAACUCCACUGAUGUUCACGGUGCGUCACCUGCCUCCGAUCAGCAACAGAAUCUUGACCUCGGAGGUACACCUUGCGAUGGUGCGGAUUAUCAGGCAUCGGUUCCAGAGCAGAGCCACAAUGGCGGUGGUGCAUUGGCGCAUUCCAAUGAAAAGCACCAAGGAGAAUAUGCAGAAGCAGCGCGCAGAGGGGGCUCUCAUUACGAAAAACGAUUUGCUACACCUGCUAUCGACCCGGUCAGCCAAACUUCAUCUCCCACUCACCAGCACCUCAUCACCCUGCACCCACAAUAUUUAUGGCUGACGUCUGCCCUGUUUAGGUACACUUUCGGAUUCUUUGGCAAUACUGUUGAAUCUGAGAAGCCGGUGGAUGGGGAGAUGCUUCAGAUCACCACUAAAUUUAACAGUUUGAAAAAGGAGAACGAGGAGCUGAAGACAGUAUGUAGUGACAUGAAGUACAAACUUGGGCGUGAACAGCAUAGAUUAUUGUAUGUGAUUGAGCAGAGGGAUGCUAUGUUGCAAGCUAAGGACAAUGUGUUGAAAAAGGCCGAAACGGAUUUACAAAAGAUUCGAGAGGAGGCAAGAACCCUUGCCCAAAACGUUCAAUAUUGGCGUGCCAAUACACAUCACUACGAAGCCAUUGCUGAUAGGCUUGACAAGCAGCUUUUAUGUUUGGAGCAGUCGAAUUCCAAGGCUCCUGGCACUACCGGGGCUCACAAGGACUCACCUGCCGUCCCUCCCAAUUUGAAGAAAUCCGUGUUCGUUGUGGCAGAGAAGGCGUUUGAAUGCUCUAAGGCUUUCCUCGACUUUUUCAAGAAGCCUUUGGAAAAUCAUGAGGUAUUCCAGAAUCCUCCGGAGUGGGCAGAUAAGCGGUUUCGCAAGUUCGAGGUGGAAGCCUACAUUUGCAGCCACAUGUUUGCAGGGUUUGAGAACGAUAGUUAUCAUGACAGCUUUGAAUGUACACAAGGCUCUGAGCGCUAUCUCCUCGCUAAUCACAAGGACACCGAAUUCUUCAUGAAGAAUCAAGAUCUGGAAAUACGGCACCAACGGUAUCUUGAGGAGUACUAUUCUCUUCAGAAGUUUGGUUUGAAGGGGAUAAUGAGAGAUUUGAAGAACAUUGUUGCGAGCACCAAUCCAUUUCAUCUGUUUUGCUACAGAAAGUUACACAACAUCAUAACCAGCUUGAAUGUGUCGUGCGAAGAGUUCGGGCCUUUUCAGGAAUCCGAUGGUGAUUAUUCCAAAAACCUCCUUUUCUGCCAUCUUGCAACGAACCCCAAGUAUUGCGACAACGUCUUGGAACCGUUUGUCAACCUAGCUAAGGUGACCUUUCUGUUGCACCGUCUGGCUUUCCAGUUCCAACCCCCAGCGCGGAUCUUUCGCUACGCCCGAGGAACGAGGUUUGACCCGACUUAUAUGGAGAAUGCUUUUCCCAUUGACGUCAAUGACUCCGACCAGGAACUUGUUGUGGGCCUCUUGAUUGUUCCUGGAUUUCAAGUUGGUGCUACCAUUGUGAAGUGUACGGUUUACCUUGUCCCUAGCAGUAUGGUCGUCUCUCCUGGUAGUCACCAUGCAAAUUGA